AUGGAUCGCAGUGGCUUGUUGGAACAACUUGUGUCCAAGCUGACUAGCUUACAACCGAGUUCAUCAGAAUGGAAGGCAGCAGUGAAGAAAGCAGAUUACACCUUGCGCUACGAUAAAUGCACAAGCACCAGUGAACAGGAAGUGACCAACAGAUUGAAUGGUCUAGCAGAGAAAUUCAGCAUCAAAGGCCAUCAUGAACUAUCCAAAGCACUUUUAACACACAGAAAAGAGUUCCUGAAAUCAAGCAGACCGCUAGGGGAACAAGACACCAACCAAUCCAUACUCAAAUACGACGCACUGCAGCUAUUAUUAUCCCUUUCGUCCUCAUCAAAUCAAGAUUACAGCUAUAUACCCUCCAUCAAACAUACCACAGAGAAAAUCUUGACUUGGCAAGAUGUGAUUGACGACUCGCCAUUGGAAGGGGAUCAUUGGCAGACAUGGCCUGAGGAAGAGGAGGAUUCAGGAGAAGAAGAAGAAGACGAUGACGACGACGAUGAUUAUGAGCUAAAUCAAGACAACGUAGCAGUAGCAACAACCACAUCACAAAAGAGAGCACCUUUCGGUGAUUUGAGCAAUUUCAAGUUUGAUUUCACCAGCAAGAUCAAGUUGGACAAAAGAGAGGAUCAGGAGGGAUUGAGUCAUCUAGUGUCACAACAGUAUUGGCGAAAUGAGUAUCGCUUGCCUCGACAAGACACCACACAUGUCAAUCUACUACAAAAGCCAUGUCAAAUGAGCAGUGCGUUGGAAAGGAUCGUUUACAGCGAGGCAGAGAGAGACCAGCUAAAAACGAUAUCAGAGGCGAACAUGGCACGAGAGGUAUUGUCAUUGCUUCGAGGAUUCCGCAGUGUAGUGUAUGUGUAUCAGGAGGAUCAAUUUGUGCUCAAUCGGCAAUACAUCCUACAACACCUCAGUCAGCAUGCUUUGAGCCAUUUGCUACAAGAGUUUUGUCAGUACGGAAACAUGAUAGCAGAGCUUCGACAGUUGUGCAACAAAACCAUCCACGACAUCCAGUAUGGACAGACCAACCAAGCGUUUACAGCCACGCUAUUUCAGUCCUUGAUGGAUUUCGACAGCACACUCUCGGUUAUGGAGCUAAACUCGAGUAUCAUCACAAGUAAUGCGAGCCAGUCCAUCUCAUUGCUGCAGCUUCGAGAUACACUGGACUCGUCUUUACAGAGCUUCAAGGCUAUCUAUGAUAUCGCAGUAGAUGCUCCAUACUCACAAGGCAAUGCUCGAUCCAUAUCUACCUAUUUGAUUGCCUCGUUGUAUGACCGUGCUCUUGUGGCGCAAUCGUCUGGACAGCAGGCCAUGUGCGACACCCUUCUGUAUGUGCUGCAAAAGACGUUAGUGCCCUAUGGCGACAUCAUGGAUGAUUGGGUAUUUUAUGGGUCGUUGCAGUGUGAUAAAGCACAUGAGUUCUUUGUGUCAAGAAGGGAUGAUGUUUCAAUGCAAGACUCCAACUUUUGGGUGGAGGGGUCUUCUAUUGAAUCUGUCGCAACUCGAGAGUACACUUGCUUCCCCUGCCCUCUGUUUGAUCCAUCUUUUAUGAAUCGCAUCUUCUUUACUGGAAAGGCAGUAAAUUUGCUGAGACAAAUAGAGAAACACAAUCAGCACAUGAAUCCAGUGCAGCGUUCUUUCCAGAGCUUGAUGCAGGAACACGUUUGCGUCAAACCAGCGUUUAUCAAACCUGUCAAAAUGAACACACCAAAGACAACCACUAGCACAUUUGAUUUCGAUCUUGUCACAUCUGCCCUCUUUCCAAUGAAUGCAAGCUCAGCACGACGAUAUCAGCAGCCACAACCACAACCACAACCACAACCACAACAGGAGCAACAACAGGCCAAUGAUAUGGGGUCUCUCUUGGAUCAAGACAUCAUCAACUGCUCAGAAGCUUACGUUGAACAACCGUACAACAAGGCAGCGGAUACUCUUAAUAACGUACUGCAUCAAGGGUGUGGGCUAACACAGCAGCUCGAAUCACUUGCAUCUAUCUACCUCAUGCUGGAAAACGACUUGAUGCACUCCUUCUGCGAGGCUCUCUAUGCUCAAAUGGACAAUAAAGAAGCUUGGUGUGAUUCACGCACACUGAACAGAACCUUUGCCGAGUCAUCCAAGGUGAGUGGCUAUGAUGAAACUGUGUAUAUCGAUCUAGCAUCCAACCACGGCCCUGCUACGAGUAAAUCAACUACACAAGCGUCCUACCUAGAGACGAUUCAGUUUAAUGUCAAGAUAUCAUGGCCUCUCAACAACUUUAUACAACAAGAACAUUUACCAAGCUAUUCAAAGAUACAAAAAUUCCUGUUUCGUUUGAAAAGAGCUAAAUAUGUGAUGGAGAAAAAGACCUUGUUCAGGGGUAGAUUCAAGAUGGAAAAGAGUGAUGCCAGAGCUAUGCGAUUCUAUUCUAUUCGAAUGCGAAUUCUUUGGUUUAUCAAUGCAUUCUGGCGCUACAUGAUGACAACUAUCCUUCACGCAGAGACAAUCAACUUUAGGGACAAGCUAUCCAUAUCCAGAGACGCUGACGAAAUCACAGCCUUGCACAACUCGUAUGUGCGUCGCAUUGUAGAUCGAUGUUUAUUAAAUGAAAAGGCCAGCGCCAUCAAGAAAUCCAUCAUUAGCAUAUUUGACAUGGCAGAGCAAAUGAUGUUGAUGUUUGAGCACUAUAUGCAGGCGACCACUAUGACCCUGGAAGAGGAUCUACUGGAAUUUGAUGCGAGGAUGAGUGCCAUAGAGAAGGAUUUUACGCGAGCAAAUGAGUUUAUAUCCAUCAGUUUAACAAUCCUGGGCAAAAAAGGAGGAUUUCCAUGGUUCGAAUCUUUAGCUGCCUCAUUAUCUGCUCAGUGA